AUAAAGUUGAAAAUGGGAAAUUGUCUCUAGUGACCAUUUUCAAGAAGCAGUCCAACGCGUUUCUUCCUAGAGCUAUAACUCUACCUAGAACAACAUCAGAACCACCAGAUCUCUAACUUAAUUUAUCAAAAUGACUUAUUUAGAAGAAAGAUCAACGGGAAGCCUUUACAGAGGUGCAUCACGAAGAGAGAAACCCAGAGGACGUAAUCAGGGGUUAACUCAACAGAAAAGGCAAGAAAUAAGAGAGGCUUUUGACCUUUUUGAUACAGACAACUCUGGAACCAUUGAUGCCAAAGAGCUCAAUGUUGCUAUGAGGGCUCUGGGUUUUGAAGCAAGUGAAGAGGAGAUCAAUCGAAUGAUUGCAGAAGUUGAUAAGGAUGGCAGUGGUGCAAUUGACUUUGAUGAAUUUGUGCACAUGAUGAAUGCCAAAUUUGGGGAAAGGGACACUAAAGAAGAGCUCAUGAAGGCAUUUCAAAUUAUUGAUCAAGAUAAAAAUGGGAAGAUCUCUUUUGCAGACAUUCAAAGAAUUGCUGAUGAGUUGGGGGAGCGAUUUACUGAUAGAGAAAUACAGGAAAUGAUAGAAGAGGCAGAUCGUGAUCGAACCUCGACUUGUUCGAACUAUUGUUUCUAUCUGAUCAAAUGUCUCUUGGCAUGUCUAUAUACAAAACAACCAAAGUCGUCUAAGGGUGUGUUUGGUAUGAAGGGAAAUGUCAUGGAAAAUGUUUCCUUGUAAAACAAGUGAUGGAGAGGUUAAUGUUGAAGACUUCAUGAGAAUGAUGAGGAGAACCAACUUUGGGCAUUAAGGACUUCAUUCUGGCGCCCUAUUGCUACAUUUGAGGAUGAAUAUUUAUCAACUCUGUUGUUUAUAAUGCAUAGUAUGUAAUAUGGUCUUACAGUUUCAAACAUGUGAUUUUUAUGGAUCAAAAUGGAUGAAGUCUGUAACUGUUAAUUACUGGAAUGUGUAUUAGCCAAGUUUGUGUUAACGAGCAGUUAUGGUUUGGAAUA